AUGAUGGUAAGCAUCUUAUCCCUCAUCGCCGUCGGUCGACGGCCUAAGGACAUCGUCUCUGAACUCGGUGUGUCCUCGCGAAGCGUAACCUGGUGGCUGCAAAUAGCAGGCCAGGCUUGUGACCUCUUCAAUACAUCACAGGUACAGCAAUCCAACAAUAUACAGUGCGAUGAGAUGGUGGUAGGUGGUAAGCCCAAGUACCACAGAGGUAAACCCGUGAGGCAAUCCAAGCAGCUAGUUUGGGUGGAAACUCUUGCUACUUUGGACGGCAAUGGCCGUGUUAGUGGUGUUGUGGCUAGGCAUGUCCCUGAUAGGAAAGCUACCUCUUUGGUGCCUCUGAUAGAUGAAGUUGCCGCUCCAGGUGCUACUUUAACUACUGAUGAGCUGAAAUCUUACCUUUCCAUCAAGCACUUCAGACCUGACAUUCACCACCAAACGGUGUGCCAUAAAAGGCACUUUGUCGACCCUAAUACCGGAGUUAAUACAAACUCGGUUGAAUGCAUGAACCGUGGGCUUAAGGAUGAGCUGAGACGCAGAUUUUAUCAUCCUGUGGGCAGAACCGAUGAUACCGCUAAAGAACGUCUGGCUAUGAGCGUGUUCAGCAGGAAUUGUGGUCUCAAACUUACUCCUAUUAUACCAACUUUCUUCCAGGCUCUUGCUUUGGCUCAUGAUGCUCUUACUAAUUUAUAG